CCCCGAAACAGCUAAUCGCCUAAUCACAUCCACUGGGACCACACUUCCAUUUCCUCUCAAAGACUCGAAAACGGAGAAACCGUAGGGCUGAAGAUUCCACCGGAAACUACCUUCUUUCAGAUCUUCCAGGCACAUGUGUCUCCUCCUGGUUGCCUUUUACAAUUGGGGAACACAAGUUACAAUUUUAAUUAAGUGAGAAAUCAAGGAUGCGGAAGUGGCUGUGUUGCACCUGCCAAGUAGAGGAAUCCUACGCGUCUCAUGAAAGUGAGGCACUAAAAGGCCCUGCAAAUGAUGCUGAUGGGUAUGAAAGAGGCACGAAGGUAGCAAUUCCUGUCAAGACUGAAGUGCAAAAAGCAAUACCAUCAAUCGAGGUGCCAGAGUUGUCUCUGGAUGAACUGAAAGAGCAAACUGAAAAUUUUGGAUCAAAGGCUUUAAUUGGUGAAGGAUCUUAUGGAAGAGUGUACUUUGCAAAUCUAAAUGAUGGUAAAUCUGUAGCUGUGAAAAAGCUAGAUGUUUCAUCUGAACAAGAUUCAAAUGCUGAGUUCCUGACUCAGGUUUCUAUGGUUUCAAAGUUGAAGCAUGAAAAUCUCGUUGAAUUGCUUGGUUACUGCGUGGAAGGCAAUCUCCGUAUUUUAGCUUAUGAGUUUGCAACCAUGGGGUCUCUACAUGAUAUACUACAUGGAAGGAAGGGAGUACAAGGGGCACAGCCUGGCCCUACGCUUGACUGGACACAGCGAGUAAGGAUUGCUGUUGAUGCUGCAAGGGGACUUGAAUAUUUGCAUGAGAAGGUCCAACCACCUGUAAUACACCGGGAUAUCAGAUCUAGCAAUGUCCUUCUGUUUGAAGAAUUUAAAGCAAAGAUUGCAGAUUUUAACCUUUCAAAUCAAGCUCCUGAUAUGGCUGCCAGGCUUCAUUCUACUCGAGUUCUGGGAACAUUUGGUUAUCAUGCACCAGAGUAUGCAAUGACUGGUCAGUUGACGCAGAAGAGUGAUGUAUAUAGCUUUGGGGUGGUUUUGCUUGAACUUUUGACUGGAAGGAAACCUGUAGACCAUACCAUGCCGCGUGGACAGCAGUCGCUUGUGACAUGGGCCACUCCUAGGUUGAGUGAAGAUAAAGUGAAACAAUGUGUAGAUCCAAAACUCAAAGGAGAAUAUCCUCCAAAAGGAGUAGCAAAGCUGGCUGCUGUUGCAGCAUUGUGUGUACAGUAUGAGGCAGAGUUCCGUCCAAAUAUGAGCAUCGUUGUGAAGGCCCUUCAGCCACUCUUGAAGUCUUCUGCCCCUGCUCCAGAAAUAUAAUCCUAAAAUACCAUUUAUUGCUUGGUCUGAGGGAAUUUCUACAACCUGUUGCACAGUUUAGUCAUUUGCAGGAGAAUUGCAUCUAGUAUUUAAAAGUUAAUAUUUGUUUUCGUUUUUCUUCCAAUAAGAGAUUGCAAUUGCUGGUUUAAUUCCUUUGGGUUCACUUUGUCGCGGUACUAGAUUGUUACUGAGGUUUUCCAAGUCAUAAUCAAUUACUGAUGAGCCGUGAGAUUGGUUUGCUGUGGUUGUUUCCUUCGGUAUUGACAUUGUUACUGAGAACCGAGAUUUUCUAAGUCAUUAAUCAUUUAUCAACGAGCUGUGAGAGGUGAUAUUUCCUUCUGGAACUCUGAUGUAUAUUUUGUAAAAUUAUUUUGAGUUUAUGGAUCUGGUGAAACUUUGUUUUGAUGAAUCUAUAUUUGUUGGUGUUUUA